GCCGCGCCGCGCCGCGCCGCGCCGCUCGCCGCGGUGCUAGCACUGACGUGUCUCUCGGCGGAGGUGCAGCGCUCCGGAGCGGGCUGGGCCGCGGACAGCCUCACCUCACUUGGAGUGGAGCGGAGCCGAAGGGGGACCCGGAGCCCGAGCAGCCGCCGCCAUGGCGAUCAAAUUUCUGGAAGUCAUCAAGCCCUUCUGUGUCAUCCUGCCGGAAAUUCAGAAGCCGGAGAGGAAGAUUCAGUUUAAGGAGAAAGUGCUGUGGACCGCAAUCACCCUCUUUAUCUUCUUAGUAUGCUGCCAGAUCCCGCUAUUUGGUAUCAUGUCUUCAGAUUCAGCUGACCCUUUCUAUUGGAUGAGAGUGAUUCUCGCCUCGAACAGAGGCACAUUGAUGGAGCUGGGUAUCUCUCCCAUUGUCACCUCCGGCCUCAUCAUGCAGCUCUUGGCUGGUGCCAAAAUAAUUGAAGUUGGUGACACCCCAAAAGACCGAGCCCUCUUCAAUGGAGCCCAAAAGUUAUUUGGCAUGAUCAUUACCAUCGGCCAGUCCAUCGUGUACGUGAUGACAGGAAUGUACGGAGAUCCUUCGGAAAUGGGCGCUGGAAUCUGCCUGUUAAUCACCAUACAGCUCUUUGUUGCUGGCUUAAUUGUCUUACUUUUGGAUGAACUUCUGCAAAAAGGAUACGGCCUGGGCUCUGGGAUCUCCCUCUUCAUUGCCACUAACAUCUGCGAGACCAUCGUGUGGAAGGCGUUCAGCCCCACCACUGUCAACACUGGCCGAGGAAUGGAAUUUGAAGGCGCCAUCAUUGCGCUGUUCCAUCUGCUGGCCACACGCACUGACAAGGUCCGAGCCCUUCGAGAGGCCUUCUACCGACAGAAUCUUCCCAACCUCAUGAAUCUGAUUGCCACCAUCUUUGUCUUCGCAGUGGUGAUCUAUUUCCAGGGCUUCCGCGUGGACCUACCCAUCAAGUCAGCCCGUUACCGAGGCCAGUACAACACCUACCCGAUCAAGCUCUUCUACACCUCCAACAUCCCCAUCAUCCUGCAGUCCGCCCUGGUGUCCAACCUGUACGUCAUCUCCCAGAUGCUGUCCGCCCGCUUCAGUGGCAACCUGCUGGUCAGCCUGCUGGGCACCUGGUCUGAUACUUCCUCCGGGGGCCCGGCACGUGCUUAUCCUGUUGGCGGCCUGUGCUACUACCUGUCCCCGCCAGAAUCCUUUGGCUCCGUGUUAGAAGAUCCCGUCCAUGCCGUGGUGUACAUAGUGUUCAUGCUUGGUUCGUGUGCGUUCUUCUCCAAAACCUGGAUUGAGGUCUCGGGCUCCUCUGCCAAAGAUGUCGCAAAGCAGCUGAAGGAGCAGCAGAUGGUGAUGCGGGGCCAUCGAGAGACUUCCAUGGUCCAUGAGCUCAAUCGGUACAUCCCCACCGCCGCAGCCUUUGGUGGGCUGUGCAUCGGGGCCCUCUCCGUCCUGGCCGACUUCCUGGGUGCCAUCGGGUCUGGAACUGGGAUCCUGCUCGCGGUCACGAUCAUCUACCAGUACUUUGAAAUCUUCGUGAAGGAGCAGAGCGAGGUCGGCAGCAUGGGGGCCCUUCUCUUCUGAGCCACGUCUCCCUGGACCAGGAGAGGGGCCCUGCCUGGAGUUGCAAGGGAGGGGGACAGUGAGGCCCGUGGGGUGCUCAUUGCAGGAGUGCUGCUACAGCACCGGGACUUUUGUUUAAUAAUGUUUUUGAAUUUCAUACUCUUUCAUUCCACUUUGUAAAGUGCUAGAAUUUUUCCAGUUUGAAAUUUUGCUUUUUAUGCUGGCAUUGGCAGAAAGAACGGUAGGAAGGAGGUUUUAUGGAGCUGACUGACAGAGGUGGGGACGGCAAAGGACGGUCCCCAGGUAACUUUUUUUUUUAAUCUUUGCACGUGCUCAGUGCCGUAGGCGGCUGCAGUGGUCUGAGCUGUUCCCCUAGCAUGGGAACUUUUUGAAUAGAAGCACAAACCUCGUAGCUGUGUCUCCGUCUUGGCCAUAGGGCACGAGGCUGAGAGCAAAUCAUGUUUUCUGGUGGACAUGACUCACUGGUGAGUCCCUAUCACAAUCAGGGGUUAGAAUACCUGGCUUCAAACUGUUUCUCUGGAAGACACCAUUGUUUUCCCCUUUUAUAAGUAGUUUUUUAGGAACAAGCCUCUUCGAAAGAAAGGGAUGGGUUUUCCAGAAGACACUCUUGGGCCGUCUGUUAAUUUUUCUGCAUGUGCCUGUUGGCUAUUCUCGUUGACUGUUCUGGUUGGGCUUUUGAGGCUGAAGAGCACGGAGUCGGCUUGGCUCCAUCGUGUCUGGCUGGCUGUCAUCGGUUUGUGUCCUCUGAUGGAGCGAGGCCAGGAUUCUCCAGGCUUAUGGAGUUGGCGCCUGGCCCAGACGGGUGGACGCUGCGUGACCCUUGAAGUGACGUGUGUCUGUACCAUCCUUCCGGUUGUCGCCGGACGGGCCUCCCGCUCGCCUACAGCAGCCCUCACAUGGAAAGACGGUGGCUUCACUUUUACAGGCCACUGUGCCUUCCAGGCUGAGAACGUCCCAUCAUGUUUAUAGCACUUUGCUUCACUGUGCCUAGGACCAAAUGCAUGUUAAGUAAAUGACCAGAUUCCACCUGUCCUCUAGCUUCAGUCAGCACCGCCCCGCAGAGAGGAGGGUGCAGGCCCCACAUCCGUGGCAAAAUCAGGGUCAGAGAGCUUAGGUCUUUGUUUUUGUUUUUGUUUUUUAGUAAGUUGCUCCAGCCUGUGACUGGAAAAGACUCAUGGUGAUGUCUAGAAUGAGUUCUGUUUGUGGUAACAGGGGACCUAGGGUUUAGGCAGCGGAACCUUUUCCGAGGCCGGCAGGGAGGCUCCUCGGACAGGCGGUGCUGGCAGCAGGGACAGCAGAGUCGGGCACCACAAGCCUGAGGAAUUCUCCCUGGAGGAAGCCCCAGCUCUAAGGAAGCACCCGGGGCCCUGCGGAGAGAGAUGCCCCACCAGCAGCCGGCACACGGUGGCCUUCGAAGCAGAGCCAUGGUCACGACUCAGUAGAGCUGAGUCUGAGCUCCUAGGACACCUCACUCACAGCGCUAACCAGGGAACAGACCAACCGAGGGACAAGAAGCGACUUGCCCGAAUCCACCUGGCAAGUCAGCAGCAGAAGCAGGAUGGGCCCGACAGGUCUGUUGACCCCUCAGUCCAGGGCAUCCCACCAUAUCACACGUGGCCUUGUCAGACCCAGUCCUGAGCAGAGACUCGAUGCUCCCCCCGCGGCACGCCAUCUGCUCAGCCCCACCCGUGGUUACGCUGUGGGCACCAGCCUUAUGGGUGGGGCCCUGCGUGGCUCGUGCUCUGUGGUCUGUGAUCACAGUGGGUAGGGGCUGACCCCAGCUUCCAAGGGACUGUCACUGUGGACGCCAAAAUGGCAUAAAUGAGUUAAGGUGAAUAAGUGACAAAUAAAGCCAAUUUUUACAAGCCA